AUGAACCACAGAAAAAACUACGACAAUAUCUCAUUUUCGGUAAUCGAUAAAUACCAGCCGGUGCGUGUGCUUGGAUUUGGCACCUAUGGCGAUGUCCACGAGUUCCGCACGUACGUCAAUGGCGAAGCAGUGCCUGUCGCAAUCAAGCGCAUCAAGAGCGUGUUCGACAACGACAUUCAUGUUCGUCGAGCCAUACGCGAGCUGAGGAUUAUGCGUCAUUUCAGAGGCCAUCCCAAUAUUGUUCAAUUGCUGGACGCUGAUCUUGUGGCCACCCCGCCAUUUCAGGGCCUGUACUGCUAUCUCGAGCUCAUGGACACCGACUUGUCUUCGAUCAUUCGCCGGCCAAGCGAAGUGAUCACAGAGUGGUGUGUCGCGAAUGUAACAUAUCAGCUACUUUGUGCUCUCAAGUAUAUCCACUCUUCCAAUGUUGUCCAUCGUGACUUGAAACCUGGCAACGUUCUGGUGACCAGACAGGGGGUGGUAAAAAUAUGCGACUUUGGGCUUGCCCGAGGAGUAAUUGGUGAGAGCUAUGAUCGUGACAAGUACACUAACUAUGUUACCACUCGCUGGUACCGGGCGCCUGAGAUCAUUGUGUGUGUGGACAGCUACCACUACGGCCUAGAUAUUUGGGCCGUCGGGUGUAUAUUUGCAGAGCUCGUACUCAGAGAACCGCUGUUCCGAGGGAAAUCAUCACGGGAUCAGUUUAUUCUCAUCAGCCAGGGCCUCGGUGCUCCACCACUUAGUUGGUACGAAACCACUGCUUCACUGAGCACCGCAAAUAGAAAGUACGACCUCGCCGCGGUCAUCAUGCAGAUGCCUGGGGACAAGGCGCCUACUCCACUGCGCACACGGUUCCCGGGAAUGGAAAACGAACUUUUCUACGAUCUACUUGAACAAUUACUGGUGUACGAACCCGACAAGCGCCUAACUGCCUCGGAAGCCCUUGCCCACCCCUAUUUUACCGAUAUAGCCAAUGGCGAUGAAACCGAAUGUGAGCAGCUACUGGACUUCGACUUUGAGAAAAUCGGUCGAGAAAACCUGAAGCACUAUUUACAGAAAGAAGUGCAGCUAACCCGCGCUGUCGUACGUGGAUUCGCUACCUAA